AUGGACGAGAAAACGCCCUUAUUGCGACCACUUGUACGGAGAGAGUCUGGGAAGCUCCGCUAUGAGCUGCUCCUCGCUCUCCUCGCGAUUGCGUGCUUCAUCACAUUCGGAGUCGUAGUACACAAGUCCCCAAAUCCUAGACAGGACGUUUACAGCAUCGAUAUAGACAUAAAGACAAAGGACUUCUCAUGGGGUAACAUAACACCCAGCAAGAAACUGGAGUGGCAUAGCUGCUUUGAUGGCGAGUAUGAUUGCGCUCGGCUGAAAGUGCCCAUGGACUGGCUCGAGCCUGAUAACGGAAGACAUGUGGUCCUCGCGGUCGUUCGGCUGCAGGCCACAGAGAAAAACGACUACAAAGGUCCAGUAUUCUUCAACCCUGGCGGUCCUGGUGGCUCUGGUAUCUGGGCGCUGAAGGACCACGGGGCGCAGCUGCAAGCUGUUGUCGGCCGGAACUUCGACAUCGUGACAUUUGACCCGCGGGGCGUCGGGGCGUCGGUGCCCAGGAUCGAGUGCUGGGACUCGGCCCAGAAGCGCCAGAACUGGGCCAUGCAAGAGACGCCGGUCAUCGACUCGCAUCCGGGAGUCAUGUACGAUGUGUGGGCGCGCGCGGCGGCCUUCUCGCAGGCGUGCGAGCAGUCGCACAACGCCACGGGCCUCCUGCAGCACGUUGGCACGGCGUCGCAUGCGCGCGACAUGCUCGAGAUCCUCGACCAAAUGGGUGAGGACAAGCUUCAGUACUGGGGCUUCAGCUACGGCACCAUCCUCGGCGGGACUUUUGCCGCCAUGUACCCGGAUAGGGUCGGACGGCUGGUCAGUGAUGGCAACGUCGACUACGAGGAGUGGUACAAUGGCCGGCACAUCAACUCUGUCCGUGAUGCCGACAGUGUCAUGGCGGCUUUCUAUAGCUUGUGUCACAAGGCCGGUCCUCUCAACUGCGCUUUCCACGGCAGUUCGCCCUACGAUAUCGAAGAACGCCACCAGGCCGUUCUCGAACGGCUACGCGUGCAGCCCAUCAUUUACAUGCCGGAAACUGGCUUCGGAUCCGAGCUGCCGGAGAUAAUCACCUUCUCGAAGAUUCGCAAGCUGGCAGCAACAUCUCUGUACCGGCCGAACUAUUAUUUCACGCACCUGGCCAAGAUCCUCGCCGGACUUGAGAAGGGCGACGGCAGGGCCUACUACGACUUCGUCACCCGAUACGGCCUGCCAUUCUCCGACGUGUGUUCUGCACUGCACAUCCCACCGGAGGAGCCACUGACCAGCGUGGGAGAAGGCAGCGACGACGCCUUCCCCAUGAUCCUUUGCGCGGACGGAAAGUCUCUGCCCACAAGCCCUGCCGAGUUUGAGGAGCACGUCGAGGAGAUGCAGCGCGUGAGCCACAGCAACGGCGCAAUCGUCGUGAAGGACCGCAUCGCGUGCGCCGGGCGCCAGGUCCGGCCGAAGUGGAGCUUCAAGGGGCCGUUCGAGGCCAAGACCAGCCAUCCCAUCCUGUACGUCGCGAACAUGGCCGACAACAUCACGCCGCUGGUCAGCGCGCGGAACAACUCGGCCGGAUUCGAGGACUCGGUGGUGCUCGUGCAGAACUCGUACGGUCACACCAGCUUAGCUGCGCCUUCAGUGUGUACGGCCAAAGCUAUCAGGGAAUAUUUCCAGUCUGGCACCCUUCCUCGGGAUGGAACCACCUGCGAGCCAGAGACUCUGCCAUUCGAUCUGCCUGGCCACAGUAUGGCAAGCGCCGGUUUUGAAGACAAGGAACUCGCUGAAGCAUCACUGCUGCUGUCUCUCAAGGCGGACUUCGGCCUUGGCGCAAGCCAGAGAAGGCUUUAG